UGGCUAAAGCCGUCAAAGUCAAGUCGUAUGAGAAGAAACUGUUGUUGGCUCUCAAGAAAAUUGUGCAAUAAUAAACGAAUGCGGGGUAAACAACACUCUAUUUGACAAACUAUAGACACAUUUCACCUUAAUCGAGCUGACUAAGAUCAAUAAAAAAGCAAACAGAAAAGCAAAACAAACAGCAAACAAGAAUUCUAGCUUUUGUGUUUUCAGUGUGUGCGUUCGUUGUGUAGUGUGUGUGUGUGGGCAAGUUGUUACAUAAAAACAAAAAGUAAUAUAUAUAAAAAAACCCACCAAGACGCAUUUUUCCACGGCGGAAUACUACCAUCUAAGUUUUUUGUUUUGGUGUGUGCGAGAAAACGAGAGUGAAGAAAAUGCUGUUCAACAAAUGCCUCGAAAAGUUGUCCAGCUCGCUGGGCAAUGUGGUCAAUCACAAGUUGCAAGAGAAACAAGUCUACAAUAAUAAUAAUAAUAAUAAUAACAACACUAGUAGUAUAAACAACAAUGCGUACAACAAGCAGCGCAAUUUUGAGUACGAACGAGCCAUACAGGCGCACUACGGAAGCAAGGGAAAGCGGUCGGAGGAGCGGGAGAGGAGCGGAAAGUUCAGGGCCGCCAAGGGUCAAAAGUCGAGGGGCAGUCCGCCGCAGACACCAGAUGCCCAGGAGACGGCCUGCAAGAACUGCAUGACCCACGACGAGCUGGCCCAGAUCAUAAAGGGCGUGGCCAAGAGCACCGGGCAGAGCAAUCAUCAGAACAAUCGCCUGAACCGCAGUCGACGUCCCUUGUCCGCCCAGCCCUCUGCCGCCGCAUCCGCCUCCACGUCCACCGAAUCGCUGCACCGGCUCACUCCCAGUCCCCAGGCUGGCUCCUAUCCGGCCACGCCCACCUCCUGGUCAGCCACCCCGCCCCAAUUCCCGACAGCCUUCGGCGGAGCCAGCUGCUCCACCAGCACCCUGGCCCUCCUGGCCAACAUGCGGUUCCAGCUCCAUGGCUACACAUGGUUUCAUGGCAAUCUUUCUGGCAAGGAAGCGGAAAAAUUGAUCCUGGAUCGUGGCAAGAAUGGUUCUUUUCUCGUCCGUGAAUCUCAGAGCAAGCCUGGCGAUUUUGUCCUAUCCGUGCGGACGGACGAUAAAGUAACGCAUGUCAUGAUUCGAUGGCAGGACAAGAAGUACGACGUCGGCGGCGGUGAAUCGUUUGCCACCCUUUCGGAACUGAUCGAGCACUACAAGCGUAAUCCCAUGGUGGAGACGUGUGGAACCGUGGUGCACCUGCGGCAACCCUUCAACGCCACGCGAAUCACGGCGGCCGGAAUCAAUGCUCGGGUGGAACAGCUGGUCAAGGGAGGCUUCUGGGAGGAGUUCGAGUCGCUGCAGCAGGACAGUCGGGAUACCUUCUCGCGCAACGAAGGCUACAAGCCGGAGAACCGGUUGAAGAACCGCUACCGCAACAUAUUGCCAUACGACCACACGCGCGUGAAGCUGCUGGACGUGGAGAACAGCGUGGCCGGGGCAGAGUACAUCAAUGCCAACUACAUACGCCUGCCCACCGACGGCGACCUGUACAACAUGAGCAGCUCGUCGGAGAGCCUGAACAGCUCGGUGCCCUCGUGCCCCGCCUGCACGGCGGCCCAGACCCAGCGGAACUGCUCCAGCUGCCAGGUGCUGAACAAGACGUGCGUGCAGUGCGCCGUGAAGAGCGCCACGCUGCCGUACAGCAACUGUGCCACCUGCAGCCGCAAGUCGGACUCGCUGAGCAAGCACAAGCGCAGCGAGUCCUCGGCCUCGUCCUCGCCCUCCUCCGGCUACGGCUCCUCGGCAGCCAGCGGAGUGAGCAGCGUCAACGGACCGGGCACACCCACCAAUCUCACGGGCGGCACAGCCGGCUGUCUGGCUGGCUUAUUGAAGAAGCACUCGAGUGAUUCAUCCUACGUACCGGGAUCGGGAUCAGUAACUGGAGCUGGAGUCGGAUCCAUGUCGAUGGCCGAGCGGGAGCGCGAGAUGUUCAAGACGUACAUCGCCACCCAGGGCUGCCUGCUCACGCCGCAGGUGAACACGGUGACGGACUUCUGGAACAUGGUCUGGCAGGAGAACACGCGGGUGAUCGUGAUGACCACCAAGGAGUACGAGCGCGGCAAGGAGAAGUGCGCCCGCUACUGGCCGGACGAGGGCAAGGCGGAGCAGUUCGGCCAGGCGCGGAUACAGUGCGUCUCGGAGAACUCGACCAGCGACUACACGCUGCGCGAGUUCCUCGUCUCGUGGCGGGAUCAGCCGGCGCGCCGCAUCUUCCACUACCACUUCCAGGUGUGGCCGGACCACGGAGUGCCCGCCGAUCCGGGCUGUGUGCUCAACUUCCUGCAGGACGUCAACACGCGACAGAGUCAGCUGGCCCAGGCGGGCGAGAAACCGGGUCCCAUCUGCGUGCACUGCUCGGCGGGCAUCGGACGCACUGGCACCUUCAUAGUGAUCGACAUGAUCCUUGACCAGAUCGUGCGCAAUGGAUUGGAUACCGAAAUCGACAUCCAGCGCACUAUUCAGAUGGUCCGCUCGCAACGUUCCGGCCUCGUGCAAACGGAGGCGCAGUACAAGUUCGUCUACUAUGCGGUGCAGCACUACAUCCAGACCCUGAUCGCCCGCAAGCGGGCCGAGGAGCAGAGCCUGCAGGUUGGCCGCGAGUACACCAAUAUAAAGUACACGGGCGAGAUUGGCAACGAUUCACAAAGAUCUCCAUUACCACCAGCAAUUUCUAGCAUAAGUUUAGUACCAAGUAAGACGCCACUGACGCCGCCGUCGGCGGACUCGGGCAUUGGGAUGGACCUGGGCCUGGGCGUGGGCAUGGGCAUGGGCAUGGUCAUGGGCGUGGGCAACAAGCAUGCUUCGAAGCAGCAGCCGCCUUUACCGGUGGUCAACUGCAACAACAAUAACAACGGCAGCGGCAAUAGCGUUAGGAGCUGCAACAACGGCAGCAGCAGCAGCAGCAGCAACAGCCACAGCAGCAGCAGCAACGGCAGCAGCAGCAACAGCAGCAAUGGCAACAGCCACUUCAACGCCCUGCUGGGUGGCAUCGGUUUUGGGCCGGGCGGCAAUGCGCGCAAGUCGAACUUUUACAGCGACUCGCUGAAGCAGCAACAGCAGCUGCAACAGCAGCAGCAGCAACAGCAGCGCGAGGAGCAGGCGAAUGCUCCGGCAGGAGCAGGUAAGAUGCAGCAGCCGGCGCCGCCGCUGCGACCGCGCCCCGGCAUACUCAAGUUGCUCACCAGUCCCGUCAUCUUUCAGCAAAAUACAAAAACAUUCCCAAAGACAUGAUCGGCCUGCGACCGCCGAGCCAUGCGCCUGCGCUGCCGCCGCCGCCGACACCGCCGCGCAAAACAUGACAAAUGAAUUUCUAAGUCGCGACGCCAAGCCACGCCACGCCCCCCUGACACACGCCCCCUAAAACCCACCACCCCCACACACGCACACAGGCCACAAGUGGAUUUCAUUUAUUAUGUCACCCUACCACACCCCCCGAAAAAACCCCCAACCCAGAACCCUUGACUAUGUUUUACUGUUGUACCACGUUCUACGUUCUACGUUUUUUUUUUUAUUAAUUGUAAUCUAUAUAAUUUUUGUAAUUGUGUGUAAUGCUUAGUUGUAUGUCAUUGUCUCGCUUUAUGUUGUAAGUGUUCCCUGCACACGCAAAGCAGUAACCCCACCAUCCCGAAACCCACACCCCAGGCAUAUUUAUGUACUAGUUUUUUAGGAACCCCCGAACCGGAAGUUUAGGAUACAAUCUGGGCGGAACUGCAGCAGAUCCGCCAAAAAGAAACACACAUUUUUAGGAGAAUCGCAGCCACGACAUGAUUAGGACCCGUUCCCAGUUCAAUAUUCACUUUUUCGAAUAUUAUUCGCCUCAGAUUUGAAAUUUUAUGUAUGCCUAAAGAGUUUAUCUUAUUUCCAAUUUUGCGAGGUUGAAAUUGUAAGUAUUUUAUUUUUCGGAAAUUCGGAAACAUUGGUUUUUUUUUACCAGAAACACUGAGUUGAAUCAUAAUUUAACUUUAAUAUCAAUCGGAUAACUGUUGGCGGAAUUUGAGUUCAUUUUUCAAUUCAAUUCAUUGGUUUUAAGCCAGAAAAGGUAUAUUCAAAAAUAAAUAAAUUUGAAAUGGAAACGGGUAACCGGUUGGAGUGUAGAAGAUGAAAAAGCAAAUGCAAAUCAAGUUUUUAGUGUUGUAAGUGUUGACAAAAUCGGAGGAGGAGAAGUUAGAGGAGUAACUAAUGCAGUAAGCACGUAACGAUAAUGAUACAAAAAGCGUUGAUUGUGAUUCGAGUGACAGCGAGAACAGUAACAGAAGCAGAAGCAACAGCAGAUGAGAACAGAGGCGAACGAGAUCAGAAUAGGACAGCAGAGACGCCAACCGAACAGAACAGAACAGAACAGAUGAGAAGAGAACAGAUUAGAGGUAAAAACAAAAAGCUAAGAAGCGCUUAAGCGUGUCGUCCCUAGGAUAAGAAAACUAAGAUUACAGCUCGACAGGUCCAGAUCUAUAUCUCUAGCAGCCAAUCUCUAAUUUCCCCUUCCCCCCGUUUGCCCCGUUGCCCCGUUAAUUUAGUGAUUGUAUGUGUAUGUUCUUAAUCGUAUAUUGAUGAUUAUUUAUAACGUUUGCCCAUUGUGUUACAUUUUAAAUGAUCGAAAAAAUUGUAUUUACAAAUUUAUAACUAGAAAUUAUACAUUAAUUGUGUGUCUGUGUCUCUCUAUCCCUUUCUCUCCGCCCCAGUCUCCCCAUUUCUCUCUCUCACUCUCUCUUUCUGUGUAUGUGCGAGUGUGUUCUUUGACUAAGUUUAUUAUUUCAAACGCUGAAGCGGAAUCAAACUAUAUGCAAUAUUUAUGCACAGUACCUUGGGCGCUGCAAAAAAAACAAAAAAAAAACCAUCUGCUAAAUCAAAAAUAUACAAUAUACAGGAAGAAAUAACUCAAUAUCAGCAGCAGCAAAUUAAAUACCAUUUAGAUUACUGUGCAAAUCUAAGUAAUAUAUUUAAAAUAUACCUUUAUUUUAUCUUAUUUUACCUUAUGCUUUUGUAAGUGCUUUAAAUUGUUAUUCAUCUUGAUCUUGCAAACAAACAAAAAACAAAAAAAGAAAAACGAAUACAAAACUAAAAACAACACAAAUUAUAUUUGUAUUUAUACAUAAAAAAUAAAACAUUUUAUAUGCGAUACACGAAAAUAAGCACCUUAUAUUUUAUUUUCUUUGCAUGUUUGUUGAUCGCUUUGCUUUUUUGGUUUCUAAAGUACGUUAUAUUACAACAGAUCCUCAACGAACUGAAACAAUAGCCCGAACACUUAGAAACUUAGCCUUAUAUCGAUCGAAAUGCCUCGACCAAGACGAAACCAUAAACAUUGAAGCGCAGAAAUGGGGGAGCCAUAUCCCGUGUCUCUCAGUUAGAACAAUAAGUACUCAUGUGUUCACUCCCACCACCCACUCGAACCUGAAUCUGAAUCUGAACUGACCCCCGACCCUCGCCCCACGAUCUUCCACCCACCAUCUAAGCACCAACGGGUGACCCCAAUCGGACGACGACCGUGAGUGUAAGUGCGUGAUCUAGUACUUUAUAUAGUUAGCCUAUAAUACGAUAAUUCAAAUGGAAUAAGUCGAAGCCUGGCUUCGACUGGGCGGCGACCUAGUGGCCCCCAAAAACGAAGGUGAAUCUGUAUGUGAAUCCCGCUGGGGAUACGAUUUGUUUUGAUCUUGAUCUUGAAACGCGGGGCAAGCCCAGCCCCACAAUUAUCGUGUUGAAUUUUUCUAUAGCAUAUAGAAAGAGGUGGAAAUCGGAAAACGGACAUGGAGAGCGCAGUCCCCAGGAGUAGCUGGCGGAGGAAGAGAAGAAUGCCAAAGCACAAAAUAAAGCCAACACGCAACAAAACACCAAUAGGCCUCAUCGAAGACAUCAGACCAUCAGAAACACUUUGAAACAACGAUGUUACGAUCAAUAAGAAUGAACCUAAAUCAAAAUAACGACGUGGAUAUUGACGAGGAAAGAGGAGAACCAAACACCAAAAAAAACCAAGAGCAAGGAAACGCUUUAAACUUAAUUAAUUCUAAAAUUGUAUCUAGGCGAUAUCGAAAUGUAAGCCAUACACCAACUAUCCAUAGUAGAAAACAAACACCAAAACAAAUUGCUUAAGUGACUUACUUUAGAUAACGAUAUUCGCGGGUAGGACCUCAGCCCCCAGAAACCUCGGACCUCAACCGAUUUCCCACAACCGAAUCGAACCCCAAAAGCCACCACCCUCACCCUCCCCCUCCCACAUGUACGUCUGUAAGGUAACCAAACCACACGAUGCAACCUCACCCCGUGUUCAUAGUCCGAUGAGAAGUUGUUCGAUUUAUAGUGAAACCUCGGUGCGGUUUCGAUGUUGCAAGAAUAAAAACAAAUAGAGACGACGUUUUCUUUGUUCAAAUGUUGCCAAUUUGCUUAAUACAAGUGUUAUAGUACCAUAUACCAUAUGGAGUAUGAAUAAUAUAUAUUUAGAGACGAAUUACAUCGCAGUACUCUGUGACUUUUCCAUUGAAUCCGAAAAAAAAACGAAAAGCAAAUAUAUAUCUAUAUACAAAAAGCAACUAAAAAGUAGUUAUCUUUGCAUAUGAAAUAUUAACCGACCUACGAGCAUUAGAUAUAUCUGUAGAAUACUGCGAAUAUUGUUGAAGAAUGACGAUUAAAUUGGAACUAUAGGUAACAAUCCAGAACAAAAGGUAAACAAGCCCACGACGAAACGCGAUAAACGCAAUAAACCACGUUUUCUUAGCUCUAGAUCUUAAGAUAAACAAAUUAAUUAAACGCAACAAAGCGAUUGUGAAAAUCGAGACAAAAGUCAACACCAAAUAAAUUAUAGACAAAACUAAAUCGUUGCAAUGUUGAAGCAAAUCUAUAUGUAAAUCAAUCUGCAAACGCUAAACAAACGUAACAAACAUAAAAACUUAAAUACAGCCACAAAAUAUUAUUGCGAAAUUAAAUCGAAACCUUAAGGCAUAGCUGUUCGAAACAUUAUACCGAAAAUAACAAUAUUGAAGAUAUAUUCAACAUUUUUAUGUGUCUGCAUAUUUGAAAGAAAAAGAUAAUAAAUAACCUUUCCAAAACGUA